AUUUGUUAACAUGCAGAUUUGGUGAUUGUGUUUGUGCGUAAGGCGCGCGUUAAUGCGCUUAAAGUAACGUCACGCGCGCUGGACUCGAACGCAGGAGACAGCUCAAAUGUGCUUGAGUGUUUGUGAAAGGCAGAUAGGUUCGCGGUGGCUAAUGGCAAAGAGGAAAUUGUUUUCGGACGGAAACUGUUUCAGACGGCUGGCGGAUGAGCGGAAAGCCCUCAGGCGAACUUGCCCCCUGGGUGAGGGCUGGUGCUGAAGCGGGGACGUGCGUCGCGCUGAGGAGAGGCACCGGAUUUCUACAGAAAUGCCCACCAACCUCACUGCUUCUGCCAACCACACCGCACAGCACUCAGCCACGAACUACAACUUCCCCGCACUCGUAUUUGGAGUAUUGCUGAUCGUCGUGAUUAUCUGCGGGAACCUGCUCGUGUGCCUCAGUGUGUACAAAGAAAAGGCUUUGAAAACUACAACUAAUUACUUUAUAGUAAGUUUAGCCGUCGCUGACCUGCUCCUCGCAGUGCUGGUUCUACCCCUGUUUGUGUACGCAGAGUUCCAGGAUGGAGUUUGGUCCCUGAACAUGACCGUGUGUGAUGGCCUGAUGACAAUGGACGUGAUGCUGUGUACUGCCUCCAUAUUCAACCUCUGCGCAAUUAGCAUUGACAGGUUUAUUGCUGUGUCUAUCCCACUCAAUUACAACCGCAAACAUGUGGACCAGCGGCAGAUUGUCCUGCUGUCUGCCACAUGGAUCCUGGCACUAGCCGUGGCCUCGCCUGUGCUGUUCGGCAUCAAUGAUGUGCCAAAUCGGGACCACAGUGAAUGCAAGCUGGAAAAUAACAACUAUGUGGUCUACUCAUCUGUCUGCUCAUUCUUUGUGCCCUGCCCCAUCAUGCUGCUGCUGUACUGUGGAAUAUUUCAGGGCCUCAGGAGGUGGGAGGAGGCGAGAAAAGCCAAGCUGAAGAGCAGCACGCAGGCCUGUCAAAAACUUGAGGAGCCACCUGCAUCUCUCCCGCCACUGGCUUCUCUACCACCACCUCUUCCCCCUGUCAUAGAGAAUGACUUUACAGACCUUAAUCUGAAAGAGACGGACCAGAAUCCUGUCCCUGACAGUCCUUAUACAAUAGAAUGUAAGAAUGGGCCUGUAGCUUCUCUGACCUUUUCCGAUAGUGGUUACAACCAAGAUCAGAACAAGGAGAAGAAGCAGGCGAAGAUUAAUGGGAGGGAGAGGAAGGCCAUGCGUGUACUUCCUGUUGUGGUGGGUGCCUUCCUCUUCUGCUGGACUCCGUUCUUUGUGGUGCACACGCUGCGUGCUUUGUGUGAGGACUGUGACAUUCCCAGCAGCCUCAUAAGCAUCGCCACGUGGUUGGGUUAUGUUAACAGUGCCAUCAACCCAAUCAUUUAUACUGUCUUCAAUACAGAGUUCAGAAAGUUCUUCAGGAAGUUCUUACCUAAAUGCUGCUAGACACUUCGCACGCCUAAUGCUCAUUUGGAAAAUAUGAUUGUAAAUUGAGGCAAUGCUUACAUCUUGUAAAUAGCAGAAUGUGUAUUUGUAUUUUACAUUGUUUUUUUAUUUACAAUUAAUUCAGUUGGACACUUCAUAGGCUCUUAUUGCAUGUUGCACAUGACUGAUGUUGUUUUCAGCCAAGGUCUUUUCCCCAUUACCCAAAAUUUCACACUAGUGACCCUGACCAGGAUAAAGUAUUUACUUAAGAUUAUAAAUAAAUGUGUGACGUAAGCAUCUUUCUAUGUACAAUAAGCUCCAACAUUAUAGGUCAUUGCUUGGGUCAUAAAGAGCUUUAUAUCUGACCACAUGCAUGAGAGUUAAAAACAACAUGCUCCAGCUUCUUCUUCUGUUACCUGACUACAGAUACAAAUUUAGUAUCAGCAUUGAGAGAAACACAUGUUUCAAAACACAUCAGUUUCAAAAUCAAUCUUAAAAUAUAUUUAAAUAUAACUUUCCAUCAUAGGCCUGUGUGGCUGCAGACUUUUAUUCAAAACAAGUAACACAUGAUUACUGUUUCCCACAGAGGGCAUGCAAACCUUAGCGGUUAGCAUGUUUGCUGUGCAAGGAGCAUAGAGUGUCUUUUUCAUGCUUUAGAGGUUUCCCUUGGAUACUCUGAUUUCUUGCCAAAGUCCAGAGACAUGUGUUGCAGAUUGAUUGGCAUCUCAUGUCAAGUCAAGUCAAGAAGCUUUUUAUUGUCAUUACAACCAUAUAUAGCUGUUGCAGUACACAGUGAAAUGAGACAACGUUUCUCCAGGAUCAUGGUGCUACAUAAAACAUAGACAGAGCUAAGGACUUAGUAAGUUAGUCACAUAAAAGUGCAUCUGUGCAACCUGGUGCAAACAAGACAAGACAAACAAGACAGUGCAGGACAAAAAACACAAGACAAAAAAUACAAGGCAAAC